GAACACACCAUUGGUUUUAAUAUACAGCGAUGUUUGACUAUCGACGCGAGAAAAGAAAUGCCGAGGAACACAUUUCUAUCAUUUCUUAACGGUAUCCAUAACCUACUCUAUCAGAAUGGCCUGAUAUUCAGUGUUAUUGUGUCACAAAGAUGCUUUAGCACAUGACCAUGAGAGGAAUCAAGCUGGAGAUGCCUGACACCGCGUUGUUACUCUUACACAGUUAGGAUUUUUAGUAUAAGGUUCUUUAGUUACAGCAGCAAUCAUCAGGUGUCCAGUGUCCAGGUAAGAUCAUCUACUGCAGAUGAGACUGCAGGUCUUUAGAGUAUCCAUAUAGCACUAUAAACCGGUACAAGGCAACAGGAUGAAAGAUGAUCGAUGACCAGGCAGGUUUGGAAGUGUGUUGGGCCUUUCCUGGAUGUACAAUGGCCGCAGGCUGCACUGAUUCCUGUUCGCACCAAGAAGCGUUACUUCAUCCCUCCGGCUGUGGGGCUGAAGGAGAAGUCACAAUCUGAGCAGGAGGCGAGGGCUCGCGCCGCAGGAGUGGUCAUCAGACAGGAGUACAUGGAGAGACCCAUUAACAUCUCAUGCACGGCCGGAGUCUUUGAUCCGUACAUCCCUCCAGAGGGCGAUGCUCGUCUCUCCUCUCUGUCCAAAGAGGGUCUGAAACAGCGCACGGAACAGCUGCGACAGAGCGCAGCCUCACAGCUGGCGAUACGCAAAAUAAAGGAGCACGACUCGGAGUUCUCUUCUAAAGAGUUUGCCAUGCGAGCUCAGGAAAUCUUCAUCCAGGCUCAUUUGGCUCUAACACAGUUCAACAAAGAGAAACUCCAUUCUCUGGUCACGGAAAGGUGUUACCCUGAGAUGGUUCGAGGAAACAGGUUUAAAACACUCCGCUGGCGCUUUGUAGAGUCACUGGAGCCGCCGCGGUUGGUCCACGCCAGAUGCCCGGACAUGAUCAGUAAGGGCAAUCUGUACGGUCAAGUGACCAUCCGCAUGCACUCAAGACAGACUUUGGCGAUUUAUGACCGAUUUGGCCGUUUGAUGCUGGGAGAUGAAGAGGAGCCCAGGGAUGUCCUGGAGUACUUGGUGAUGGAGAGACACCUGGUCAACCCGUACGGUCUCUGGAGACUUCACGGCAAGAUUGUCCCUGCAUGGGCGCCACCUAAAGAACCCAUCCUUAAGACUGUUUUGAUCCCAGGCCCCAAGCUUAAACCAGAAGAGGAGUUUGAGACUCUUAAUUACGAGGUGCCUAAGCCCAAGGCGGUGCAAUGGCAUAAAUAAGCCAGAGGGUGGGGUGUUCAGUCGUCUUUGUACAGCUUUCAUUAUUGACUUGUGAAAUAAACUAAUGUUCCUGAAA